CAGAUUUUAAAUUUCUAAGAUGUCUGGGUCCUGUAGAAGACCAGAACACCAGGCUCCUCCUGAAAUCUUUUAUGGAACGGNCUUGCUUUACGGAACCGAUGAAGCUGAGAAAUAUUCAAACAAUACCAGGAUAAUGACAAUUCAAUCUGAGAUGUCUGAGAGAGCUCUUGAACUUCUUGCUUUACCUGAGGAUGAGUCCUGUUAUCUUCUUGAUCUUGGUUGUGGUUCAGGCCUAUCUGGAGAAUGUAUAGAGGAGCAAGGACACUAUUGGGUUGGUAUGGAUAUUGCCCCCGCUAUGCUUAAUAUUGCUAAGGAGCGUGAAACUGAAGGUGCAUUAUUGCUUGGAGAUAUGGGAGAAGGUUUACCCUUUAGAGCUGGUAUGUUUGACGGAGCUAUUAGUAUUAGUGCUCUUCAGUGGUUGUGUAAUAGGGACAAAUCUUAUCAUAAACCAGGGAAACGUUUAUAUACAUUCUUCUCUACACUUUAUGCUUGUCUCUCCAGAGGGAGUAGAGCAGUGUUCCAAUUCUAUCCUGAGAACCCAGAUCAGAUUGAAUUAAUUACUACUCAGUCUAUGAGAGCAGGAUUUACUGGUGGAGUACUAAUUGAUUAUCCAAACAGUUCUAAAGCAAAGAAAUUUUUCCUAGUUCUAAUGACUGGAGGUAACCAGCCUCUGCCUGUAGCCCUGGGUACUGGGGAGGAGGGUGGCGCUGCUAGAUUUGAACAUCAGAGGGAGAAAGUCAAGGGAAUGAGAGGAGGGAAGGGUGUGAAGGGGAGCAGAGACUGGAUUAAGGAAAAGAAGGAUCGAGCUCGGCGGAAGGGAAAAGAAGUUAGACCCGACUCUAAAUAUACCGGAAGGAAAAGGAAGGAUAGAAUCUAGACAUUGUUAUUAAAUCAUUUUUUUAAAUUUUCAGAAAAA